AUGGCCAGCCGCACCCAGCCCGGGGCAUCUGGCCCCAUACAGACCUCAACGCAGAGUCACUUCCUCCACAGAUGCAGCCGCAACCUGGCCAUGAAGAGCGUGGAUUCCCUAAGAUUCUGGGAUCCAGGGCAGGUGAAGCUCGCCCUGUGCGGUCCUCGCCAUCAGGACGGGCUGUGCCAGGCGUGCGGCCUUCCUGUGCCGGCUGGGCAGUCUCCCAGCUGCGCGGGCGCCCCUCGUGCUCCUGAGUUUCUGCUCUUGGUUCAGGUCAGCGACCAGAGCGCUUGCCACUUGCUUCCCGCUCUCCUCCUGCUGCCUCUCCCCUAA